AUGUCUUUUACAUUCACCAAGCCUAAGGCCAAAUUGACUUGGCUCAUCACAGGGUGCUCCUCGCCCUCAGGGUUUGGUAUGGCACUAACUCGGAUAGCCUUAGGGGCAGGUCACACAGUCAUCGCAACUUCACGAAACCCCUCGCGUACGCCCAACCUUGUCGUCGAAGUUGAGAGUAACGGGGGAAGGUGGCUGAAGCUUGAUGUGGAUGACAGGAAUAGCGGUGAUAUAAUCGAGGAGCUUGAAAUGUCUGGUGUUGAAAUCGACGUGUUGGUAAACAACGCCGGCUUCUCUAUCUUCUCUCCCGUCGAGACCUCUACGGAGGAGGAGAUCCGUGGACAGAUGGAAUCCAUGUACUUUGGCCCCUUGCGUCUGAUCAGAGCCGUCCUACCUCGCAUGCGCAAACGCCGCUACGGUGUCAUCGCGAACUUCAGCACAGGCGGCUCUCUCGAGGGCAGAGAUACUAUGGGUCCCUAUGCUGGGGCGAAAGCUGGCCUUGAUGGUAUAACUAGAGUUCUAGCAAAAGAGGUGGCGCCAUACAAUAUUCGGACUUUGACUAUCAUCCUAGGCGCAUUUAACACAGACAUGGGCGUCCACACUGUCGUAGGCAAGAAUCCUCUUCCCGAAGACUACAAGGGUUCUGUUUCCGACAAGAUGUUCCAGUUUCUCAGCAGUCCUAAGUCUAAGCUACCGGGCGUGAAUUUCACCAUGGGUGAUAAAGAUAAGGCUAUGAGGGCCGUCUAUGAAGUGGUUCUUGGAGAGGGAAUUGGAACUGGACGUGAGGCGGAGCGAGUUAUUCCUCUGGGUAUGGAUAUGACAACUCGCGUAAACGGGAUUAUAGAAUCGUAUAGGCAUGCCUUGGAGGCCUUUGAACAUGUCACUAACCAUGUUGCUGUCGACAAAUGAUCAACCUACUAAUGUUAGUUCCGACACAGGAUGUCUUCAUAACUUAGAUAGGU